UCGUCGUGGCGUAGCUUAGCUUGUUCAGCUGCUCGUCGAAGCGGCUGUCGGACGGUCGCCUCUCAGCGAGUCAGCGUACGAUGUAGCGGCCAUUUUUGUUCUUAGUUCAUAAUAGCGUGCGCAUAUUUUAAUGUAUUUCGAAGGACAUUUAGGCAAUUUUCACGAUGACUAUUAUAGUUUUCCUAAUAGAUACUUCAGCUUCUAUGAACCAAAGAGCUUAUUUGGGCGGACGCCCAACAUUGCUCGAUGUAGCCAAGGGCGCUGUGGAAACGUUCGUAAAGGUUCGUCAACGUUCCCCCGAAAGCAGAGGCGACAGGUAUAUGCUUCUAACUUUCGAAGAACCACCCGCGAACAUCAAGGCUGGUUGGAAAGAGAACCUAGCAACAUUUAUAAAUGAACUAAAGAAUUUGCAAUGUCUGGGCUUGACAACAAUGGGUGCGGCCUUGAAGCAUGCCUUUGAUGUUCUGAACAUAAAUCGCAUGCAGACUGGUAUUGACACAUAUGGCCAGGGAAGAUGUCCAUUCUAUCUUGAACCUUCUGUGAUUGUUGUUAUUACUGAUGGAGGGAAGCUUUCAAGCAAUGCAGGCAUUCAAGAAGAGUUCAAUUUGCCGAUGAACUGCCCAAUACCUGGUUCCGAGUUGACUCGCGAGCCGUUUCGAUGGGACCAAAGACUAUUUUCGCUGGUGCUAAGGCUUGCUGGGACGCCGGCUGUCGAGAGGGACACAGGCUUAGUGCCUUCAGACUCCUCGCCUAUCGACGCGAUGUGUGAAGUUACUGGCGGUCGCUCAUACUGCAUCACCUCCCAUCGCAUGCUGAUGCAGUGCAUCGACAGUUUGGUGCAGAAAGUGCAGAGUGGGGUAGUGAUCAACUUCGAGAAGAUUGGCCCCGACCCGCCGCCUAUAGACGGGGCUAACAGCAGAGAGGGGGAGGCGGACGAUGCCAUCCAUGAAGGGGAGAAAGAUAUUGACGGUGACGGGGAGAGAAAUGGGCGUUGGAACAGCGGCCAGUAUCAGACCCAGAGCGGUCAAGGAGCCCCGCAAGCGUGGCACUCGUGCCGUCGCCUCAUCUACGUGCCGCGAACGGUCGCGCAGAAGGGCUUCGCUGUCGGCUUCUGGCCUAUACCGGAGUCCUUCCGAUCCGACCCUAACGCGCAGACAUUGCCACCUCGUUCUGCACAUCCAGUGGUGAAGUUUACUUGUUCCAGUCAAGAGCCAAUGGUGAUCGACAAUCUGCCCUUUGACAAGUAUGAAUUGGAGCCCAGUCCACUCACGCAGUUCAUAUUGGCUAGGAAACAGCCCACUAUAUGCUGGCAGGUAUUCGUCGCCAACAGCGGUUGCAAGAACUCCGAAAUCAACCAUCCUUUCGGUUAUCUAAAGGCGUCGACCAACCUCACUUGCGUGAACCUAUUCGUGUUGCCGUAUAACUACCCGAUGUUAUUGCCUCUAUUGGACGAUCUGUUCAAAGUGCAUCGCUGCAAGCCCACGCCGGAGUGGAAGCUGGCGUUCCAGCAUUAUCUUGAUAGGAUGCCUUCUUACUAUGUUGCGCCUCUUCGAAGAGCGUUGACUAAAAUGGGAGCGUCAGCACAACUGCUACAGAGCUUGAUUCCCGAUUCUCAAGACAACUCGCUCAGUUUCUCCGUAUUGAACUAUUUGAAAAGACUGAAAAAUCAAGCUAAGGUAGAAUUCGAGAAACUCUGUGCUGACGUCAUCAACAAGUCUUCCAGCAACAACACGCAAAAGGUAGCCGAGAGCGUAAGAGUGAUGCCUCGCUCACCUCUUCGUAAAGACUUGACAACGCAUCCGUGUCUACAAGACAAGUUCUCAGCACUUCGGGAUCAGUUGAACGAGUUCGGCGGGUUCGUUGUAGGGCUUUCACGGGGAAGACAUAAGACGCAAGCCCACACGUAUAGGAAUCCCUUUGAUAUACAGCGGAGAGACUUAUUAGAUCAGGUAGUACGAAUGCGAGCGAACUUCCUGCAACCAUCUUUAGCACAUACUCGCCUGGUCGACGAGGACAGCGUACACUCCAUGCCGGUCGCUCAGAUGGGCAACUAUCAAGAGUAUCUGAAGAGAAUGACACCGCAGUUGAGAGAGAUCGAGUCCCAGCCUGUGCGGCAGCAUAUGUUCGGCAACCCGUUUAAGAUAGACAAGCGCAUGAUGGUAGACGAGGCGGACAUGGACCCAGUGGGCACUGUGCGCAGCGGCGGCGGCGGCGCGGGCGGCAAGCGCGGCGCCGACAGUCCCCGCGCCGCGCCGCCCAAGCGCAAGGCGGGGCCCCUCCCCGCGCACGUGGUGGCGCGCCGCCCCUCCGACCCCGCGCCGCGCCCCGACCCCGCGCCCCACCCGCUGCCCCACCCCGCCCCGCAGCCCGCGCCCGCCGCGCCCCUCUCCCCCGCCACGCAGCGCCGCCCCGCCUCGCCGCUGGCGCCCGUACCCUCUGAUCUACCCUCUGGAAGGCCUCCUGAGGAGCCUCCUAACAUGGAUACAGGCGGCCCGGCGAUCGGUCCAGCAUCGCCGCCUGCGUCUCCGCCAGCCAUCGCGCCUCCCAACUUACCGCCUGUCGUCAAACCCUUCCUCAAUGGAGACGCAUACACAACAAUGGGCAGCAAGAUGUCCCGGUCGCCGUCGCCGCCGGGCGAGGCGCCGCCCGUGCUGCACGACUCGCAGGAGCUGCAGAUCAACGCCAUCCUGCAGGGCGUGGCGGCCGAGAACAACUCCAACGCUCGCUCGAGGAAGAGGAAACGAAAGAACGACAAACAGCCACUACAGUUGACGAUGCCGCCGCAGCUGACGCGCAAAGAGCUCGCGGACAUCAGGAAGCACAACCUGGACGUACGAUCUGAAGUGUUCCGCGCUGUCAGACGACCUGGGAAAGAUUACACGAAACUGUUCGAGAAUUUAAAACAAUUACAAGGUGGUGUGGACGUUAAAAAGGAAGUGAUACGCGAAGUUAUAAACGAAUCGUUAAGGUUUAAGCGAAAGGCCCUCGCCAAGCUUUUGGAAGACUUUUUAGCGGGACUAGAGAAAAACGGAAGCAGUGCCUCUAUUACCAUGAAGAGAGUGAACAACUCAGUGAUGUACAGUAACUCCAACGACCACAGCUAGUAAAAGUGAACCCUGUGGACAUUUAAUGUGAUGUUAUUGACUGGCCACAUUUGCUGUUCAAAGUCGGGAACUUAGUUCGACGGAUUUACGACACGUAGCUAUUUUAAACAAUGGACACAAGCAUGUGCUGUUAUGAUAUUAGUUUCUGUGUUAAUUUUAUUGUAACAAGCCAGUGAACGUUGAUAUUCUGAUUGUUAUUUCUACCAUAGAAUAAUUAUAUUCGAUGAUUUUUGUAUUGCGAUUCCGCCUGAUAAGUAGUCAUGUCGUCAGUGUACAGUAAUAACACGAGAUGCGAUGUAAAUGAUCUCACAGGCUCAGCGGUGACUCACUGUUGAGCGAAUAGUUAUUGCAUUGUAUGCGAAUCAUUUUGUUUAUAAGAUACUAAGCAUAUUCUGUCAAUCUGUUAUGAAUCUUAACAUUAAAACUGAAAGAGUAUAAGAGUUGUUCUUUAAGUAUAGUAGAAAACAUUAAAACAUUCAUAAGCGAAAUAUCAUCAUAUCAUAUUUAUGUUUCAUUAUCUUCAAAGCAUUUUAUGUAAACGUAUGCAUUGCAGCCAUGUCUUGCUGAAUUGUAACAAAGUUUAUUGACCAAGGAACGUGAAUUUGUGUCGGCCAAAACUAACAGUUUUCCUGUCAUUUUGAUAUUUUGUGUCUUACACAUACAAUGUAUAUGAAGCAAUAUAAAAUUUGGUUUUAUUAUCACAAAGUGUCUUAUCCAAAGUGGCAGUAAAAUCGUGAGUUUCAUGUUGUAAAUAAAGUUGUACAUAUUAUUAGAAUGUUAUAGUUAUUACCAAUGGAAUGUAUGUGUAGGAUGCUUUUAUGCAUCGGUCACUGCGACUGUUAAUGUGGCUGGAUGGACCUGACAGAGAUAGAUAUUAAAUAUUGUUAAUAGAUUAAUGUAUCCAGGAAUGCUCAUACAUUUUAUGGACCUGAUGAAUUUAAUAAAGACAUUUAUAUAAAAUGUUAGUAUUGUCAUUAUUGACUUCCUUCAGUGGAAUUUUAAAUGUUUUUUAUUAAAAAUACUAUACGCGUUCAUCACGGUUCGUCUGUGUCACACGAUAUUGUGGACACUUGUACCAAAGUAUAGUUUAUUUUGGAUGUUCUUUAUCGGGAAACAUCAUUACAUAAAUAAAAGAGAACUGUGAUACUCGAAAUUUUAAAUUAUCGAAUAUUAUGGGUGACCCGCCACAUUAACAUGAGUUCGGUCAAUUGUAAAGUGUAAUAUAUCAUUUUUUUAAAUAAAUUAUGAUCCUUAUUGGAUUUUUA